GCAAAGGGGAACAGGGCUCUCCAGCCUAACUGGAGUCCCUCCCUCCAGCCCUCCCCUCCUGCCCCUCACAUCCCCGUUCCCUCUGUCACUCUGGCUGGGUUUGUUCUGCGCUCGCUCGCUCUGCUCUGUGGUGUCUUCAAAGGCUGAGGAUGCUCUUGGCAGGCCCGGCCUCCGGUGCCCCCAGCCCCUUGUUGGCCUCCCUGACUUUGCCCGCCCGGCCUCUGCAACCCCCGCUGGACCUGAAGCAUUUGCUCGCCUUCCACCUCAAUGGCACCACCCCGCUCAGUCUCUUCCCCAACUUCAGCACGAUGGACCCAGUCCAGAAAGCUGUCAUCAGCCACACAUUUGGGGUCCCCUCCCCUCUGAAGAAGAAGCUGUUCAUCUCCUGUAACAUCUGUCAUCUGCGGUUCAACUCAGCGAACCAGGCUGAGGCUCAUUACAAGGGCCACAGACACGCCAGAAAACUCAAGGCUGUGGAAGCUGCCAAGAGCAAGCAGAGGCCUCGAAACCCAACCACAAACGGGACAGUGGUGUCUUCAGCCUCACCUCCAGUCAGUGGAAGCCCUGGAACCCCUCAGAGCAAAGGUCCCGCAUCCCCUCCUCUUGGCCCUUCACUUCAGCUCCCACCAACCCCGGACCCAUCAGCCGGAGACCCCGUCCACUCAGAACUUUCUGAUGCUGCUGCUUCGUCUUCCUCCUCUUCCUGUCCACCCUGCUCCCCGGAUCCCAGCAGGGAAGCACCAGGGCCUGAGCCAGCAGAAGGGGCCGUGGGAAGUGGAGUGAAUGGGGAGGGCAAGGGCGAGAAGGGACGCCUCUACUGCCCUACCUGUAAAGUGACAGUGAACUCCGCCUCUCAGCUUCAGGCUCACAACACAGGAGCUAAGCACAGAUGGAUGGUGGAAGGUCAUCAAGGGGCUCCCCGAAGGGGCCGGGGCCGUCCUGUGUCCCGAGGAGGGACUGGACACAAGACCAAGAGAGUGAUAGGAAACCGUGGGGGCCGGCAGGGACCCAGCCCUCCUUUCCAUUGUGCCCUCUGUCAGCUCCAUGUCAAUUCAGAGACCCAGCUCAAGCAGCACAUGAGCAGCCGGAGGCACAAAGACCGGCUGGCUGGGAAGCCCCCCAAGUCCUCCAGCCAGCAUAGCAAGCUGCAGAAGCACACAGCACUGGCUGUGAGUGUUCUCAAGUCUAAAUUGGCCUUGCAGAAGCAACUCACCAAGACGCUGGCAGCCCGCUUCCUGCCUGGUCCACUGCCCACCACAGCUGCUGCCAUCUGUGCCCUGCCAGGGCCCCUGACCCUCCGGCCUGCUGCAACAGCAGCUGCUACCCUCUUCCCAGCUCCUGUCCUGGGCCCAGCUCUGUUUCGUUCUCCAGCAGGAGCUGUCCGCCCUGCUGCAGGACCCAUCCUUUUUGCUCCCUAUUAGCGGACUCAGAAUGGCCACAUCCUAUCUCUUCCAGCCAGACACUUGUCUCCACAUCCCACAGAGACUGCCUUUUGCAGUUUCCGGGUUCCCACCCAACCUGGGUAGCUGCUCUUCACUCAGACUGGGGUUCUCCAGUCCCCUGGCUCUGAGGACCACCACUACCCUCCUUUCCUGGGCCAGCCCUAGGCUGCCCUGCAUCUAUGAUUUAACAAAUCCCAAAGAUCUAUGCAAAAAUCACAGCCCCAGUCUCAUGGUGCUCUCAUACCCAGACCCCAACUAGAGAUGUACACAGAUCUGACAGCAUUUUAGCUCCCAAGGGCCAGCCUCUCCUGCCAUGUUCUAGAGCGGUCUGGACAAUCACUAGAGACAGGGAUCUCAAACUGAAGUGGGCUGGAACCUAUCAGGCAUAUUUACCAUGGGAUAGCCAGGUAUGGUGGUGCAUUCCUGCAAUCCUAGGACCUGGAUUACGAGUUCAAAGUCAGUUUGAGCCAUAUAGCUAGACACUGUCUCAAACACCAAAACAACCACAAGUUGACUACAGGCCAUAGAGAUGAGAGGCCCCAAAGUUCUUCAAAAAUGUACUGUGCAAGUGAGGCAGAGUUGAGACGACGCGCCAUCUGCUCUGUGGGGGUGGGGCUUGAAGGUCAGAGUGGUGUUCAGGCUGGG